CCCAACGUGCUCUGGGGGUGGGGAUGUACUUAUGGUUUACAUGUUUUUGACUUGUUGUUGCAGUGGUGUUGCAGGGAGUUCCUUCUCUCUUUUAAUAACAGUUUUCUCUUGUUCCACACAGACUCGGUGCUUGUGAGUCUGUGUGUAACUCAAGGGGCAGUAUUACCUCUUCAGAGGCCCCCAGGGGCAGUGGUUAGUGUUCUCUGGUUACUGGGUGGGCCAUCAGCCAGGCCUGUUUUGUAUUGUAAAGAGGAACCCCUAGAUAUUGGACCCGGCCCCUGUCCCUGCCCUCGCCCCCUAGCAGAUGGGUUACACUUACAGGCGAUUUCUCCUUCUUGGCCCUAGUUAUUUCUGGAAUGAAGAAAAACUGUGAGCCAGAGGCAGUUCUUGGCCCAUGUGCUGGGCAGUUUAGCUGGAGUUUUAGCUUUGUUUAUCUCAGUCAGCAAAGGUCAUGGCUUAGAACCAAAAUCUCUCCACUGUGUAAACAGAUCUGGGCAGGGCGAAGGUAUCUCCAGCUUGAUUCGACUUACGGGAACUGAAUGCGGGUCAGAUGAUCCCUUGCUAGAUGAGUGGCUACACGUGCAGUGUUUGGGCACCUGAGAGCUGUAUGUAGCCUACACGGCACUGGCUGUGCUCUGCUUUCUGGGAUCUCCGGUCAAAUAUAUGGAAAUAACGAAGAUAAACUGGGCUGAGUGUCGUGUUGUAACUUAGUUUCAGUUGUUUCCUGCAGGGAGGGAAAGGGCUUGGAAAUAUGUUUUUCCCCGUAGAGUUUUUUCUUUGAAGAAGCCCCAGUGGGAUCAGGGAAUCAGCUGGACCCUUCAACAUAAGACGUGUGGCUUGGGAUUCUGCCUGCCGGGAACAGUGAUCUGUUUGGGGAAAUCAGCUCAGGUACAUGGCGUCUCAGAGGGUCACAGCCGGUGGGAGGAGAGAGGAGGGCCCAUCUGUAGAGAGCCACCCCGCAACUGUGGCUGUUUGUUCACUGUGGAAACUGAGGCAGAGAGAGGGGACGUGACUUUCUAAAGGUGGGAUGAACACCCAGCUCUCCUGAGUUCUAGUCCAGUUCGCUAGCCAUGGUGAUGCCUGCAGAACUAUGCGGUUAUCCAGUUGGAGCCCAGUGUCACUGAAGAACAGUUCCCUCCAUUGGGUGAGAUGCCAGCAGUCUGUGCAGCUGGGAAUGGCACCCGACUCCUUCGAUGACCAAUACACCGGCUGCACUGAAGAAAUGGAAACGGAUAUUGCACCUCGCCUGCUAGAGGAGGAAAAAGCCAGACACCCGCUGCUGGGCUCGAUGUGGGGAAACCUAUCGGCUGUUUGGGCAAUUAAGAAGAAAAGGCUUUCUGUGCCCGAGGGCUUUAGGGAUGAACAUGGCAUAGCCAUCCUGGUCUACACUGAUUCCUCUAAGCCACUGUACUGGGAGUUGAACAAGGCAGUGAAAGAGGCUGGGGUCUCCCGAGAUAACUACAUGAGCAAUUUCCACUUCAAAGCUCUUCAUUACUAUCUGACGAGAGCCCUGCAGCUCUUACGGGCUGACUGUGGCCACCUGUUCAGACGCCAGCUGUUCCGGGGAGUCCGAUCCAUCCGCUUCGAGCCCAGCGGGGCAGGUGUGUUCCGGUUCGGACAGUUCACCUCCUCCUCGCUGGACCUGGCUUUAGCUCGGAGUUACGGCAACGCCACCUUCUUCACCCUGCGCUCCUGCUUCGGCGUCCACAUCGAGGCGUUCUCCGCCAUCCCUGCCGAGCGAGAAGUGCUGAUCCCCAUGAGCGAAGUGUUCAACGUCUCCAGCUUCUCCCAGGAGGGGAACCGCAGCGUCUUCCUCCUGCACAGCAUGAACCGGACCUGCAGCCAUUACAACUGCGCCUACCUUGGGGGUGAGUGCUGGCCCGCGUUGGAACGGGAGCAAGCCAGGCUCGGCCACCUCGGAACGGGGACAAUCCAGUCGCAGAGGAAGCCUUUAAAUGGGUGGCUCACAUGUGACCCACAUCUUAGAUCUACUCUGGAGUGCUGGCAGGCCCUUGCCACCUGUCUGUGGUGUGCGGAGAAACUCUUGCUUGUAUAGAUUUCAUGGGAGUUGCUCAGCAGGGCUGUUCUGAUCCCUUCUCUGAACUAGGGACAUGGAAUCCCCUAGAGAUCUAGCACCUAUUAUAGGCCGGCCUCAGGCAUAAGUACCACAUUUUUAAAUGCAUUUGGGUGCUUAAAAAUGCAGCUAUGCAGCUUGUGGGAUUUUCAAAUGUGGCUGGCACCUUUGAAAAUCCCACAAGGUGCUUAGCUGCAUUUUUAGGCAUCUCAAUACCUUUAAAAAUCUAGACCUAAAUGCAAACAUCUCAGCUGGGUCUAGCUUUCUGUUGUGUGAGUUUGAACAAUUCCAACGAAGAUGCAAAGCUGACAUUUGUCCAUGCCAGUCUUGGAAAAUUUCCCCCUGGAGGAGACAGCUGUUUAACGGAAGUC